UCCAUCACUAAACUGAAACACGAGCUAUUUGUUUUAUUUUAUUAUUCGACACUUUUUUUAAGUCCAGUGCAUAAUUUUUUUAAAAAUUUGCACACAAUGUUCCGACCCGAGAAACAUGGGCUUGAGUCCGACUUUCAGUUAACGAAAUUUACCACCCACACUGGAUGAAGUUGCAAAAUCCCCCAAAAAGUACUUGAGAAGUACCUAAGGGGAACCGAAAUAGUAAAUAAGAACAAUGAUGGAUACCUUAUCGGAUCUGGAAUGGACUGUGCUGUUAUACCGCUGAACCGGCACAAAGAUUACUUACUUGUUCAAACCGUUGACUUCUUUUAUCCUAUGGUGAAUGAUCCGGAAUUAUUGGGACGCAUUGCACUUGCUAAUGUCUUGAGCGAUGUUUAUGCGGUUGGGGUGACGGAUUUUGAUUCAGUGGAAAUAAUCGUCAGUACAUCGACAAGCUUCACUGAAAAAGAACGAGACGUUGUCAUUUCACUAAUCUUAAAGGGUUUCCAAAACUCUUUGCAAGCAAAUGGUUAUCAUAAAACUCCCAUUGCUAUUAGACAACUUAAGAUCAAUCCUUGGUGCAUUAUUGGCGGCAUUGCGACGUCUGUCUGUUUACGCGAAGAAUUAAUUCUACCAUCCAAAGCGCAGCCAGGCGAUGUCUUGGUCCUUACAAAGCCCUUGGGAGGACAGAUGGCGAUGGAUGCUCACCUUUGGCAACUUAAUCAAAAUGAAAAGUACAAAUCCCUGCUCUCUGAAUUCUCGGACGAUGAUAUCAGGGAAACUUUUGAAAUCGCAGUAAAAUCAAUGACAUAUUUAAACAAAAAUGCCGCGCUUUUGAUGCACAAGUAUCAAGCGCAUUGUGCCACGGAUAUCACUGGUUUUGGUUUAUUGGGGCACGCCCAGAACCUCGCCCAAUUCCAAAAGCAAAAGGUUUUAUUCAAAAUUGAUAAGUUGCCAAUUAUCAAAAAUGUACUUAAAUUUAGCUUGUUAAUUGGUCAAAGUACAAAGUUGCGCUCUGGUAGAUCAGUAGAAACCUCUGGAGGGCUAUUAAUUUGCCUUGCUCCCGAUGCCGCAGACAAAUUUUGUCGGGAUUUCGAAGAAGUUACUAAGGGAGAGCAAAAAUCAUUUAAAAUUGGACACGUAGUAGCCUCGAUCGAGUCUGGUGCAGUUCUGUGUGAUGAAGUAAGUUUAAUUGAAGUCAACCUUUGAUGAAAUGGUGCAAAUUGAUUAUUCAACCUAUGACGAAUAUUUCAGAAAGGCUUUUUGGCUUGGAAAUAUUCCGAACUUUAUUACACAAAGUGUUUAAUAAAUUUGAUAAUUAAUUAACCUA